ACCAUUAGUUUCAGUUUUGUUUCUCUCUCAGGCACCCAGCCUCAGCCGUGUCCAGGCCUCGGGGGGGGGACCCCCACUCCCCGUCCUGGACCCCAAGGUCAGCUUAGGCUUGGGUGGCUACGUAGUUUAAGAGCAAGCGGCCACAGGCCCUGGGAGACCAGAAGAAGAUUUCCUGGCCAUUCAGCAUGGUUUCCCAGGGAUCCUCGCCCUCCCUCCUGGAAGCCCUGAGCAGCGAUUUCCUGGCCUGUAAAAUAUGCCUGGAGCAGCUCCGCGCCCCCAAAACGUUGCCCUGCCUGCACACCUAUUGCCAAGGCUGCCUGGCCCAGCUGGCCGACGGCGGCCACCUCCGCUGCCCCGAGUGCCGCGAGACCGUGCCCGUGCCGCCCGCGGGCGUGGCCGCCUUCAAGACCAACUUCUUCGUCAACGGGCUCCUGGAUCUGGUGAGGGCCCGGGCUGGUGGAGACCUGCGCGCGGGGAAACCCGCCUGUGCACUGUGUCCCCUGGUGGGGGGGGCGGGCACCGGGGGCCCGGCCACAGCCCGGUGCCUGGACUGCGCGGAUGACCUGUGCCAGGCGUGUGCCGAUGGCCACCGCUGCACCCGGCAGACCCACACCCACCAGGUGGUGGACCUGGUGGGCUACAGAGCGGGUUGGUAUGACGAGGAGGCCCGGGAGCGCCAGGCGGCCCAGUGCCCCCAGCACCCUGGGGAGGCCCUGCGCUUCCUGUGCCAGCCCUGCUCCCAGCUGCUGUGCCGUGAGUGCCGCCUGGACCCCCACCUGGACCACCCCUGCCUGCCACUGGCCGAGGCCGUGCGCGCCCGGAGGCCCGGCCUGGAGGACCUGCUGGCUGGUGUGGACAACAGCCUGGCCGAGCUCGAGGCCGCCCGGAUGGUGGAAAAGGAAGCCUUGGCCCGGCUGCGGGAGCAGGCAGCUAGAGUGGGGACCCAGGUGGAGGAGGUGACCGAAGGGGUCCUCCGGGCCCUCCUGGCCCAGAAGCAGGAGGUGCUGGGGCAGCUACGGGCCCACGUGGAGGCUGCUGAGGAGGCCGCCCGGGAGAGACUGGGGGAGCUGGAGAGCCGGGAGCAGGUGGCCAGGGCAGCGGCCGCCUUCGCCCGUCGGGUGCUCAGCCUGGGCCGCGAGGCGGAGAUACUCUCGUUGGAAGGGGCGAUUGCCCAGAGGCUCCGGCAGCUGCAGGGUUGUCCCUGGAUGCCUGGGCCGGCCCCCUGCCUGCUGCCCCGGCUGGAGCUCCAUCCUGGGCUCCUGGACAAGAACUGCCCCCUGCUACGGCUCUCCUUUGACGAGCCCCAGCUCCAGAAGGACAGUGGGAAAGAUGAAGCGGGAAGCCAGGGAGGGGAUGAAGCUCAGAGCCGCACGCAGGAUGGAGCCAAGUUCGAGAGACAAGGUGGAAUCCAGCCCCAGAGCAGGGAUGGAGCUUACACCCCAAAGGAGGACAGAGUCCAGACACCCCAGGAAGAUGGAGCCCAGACUCCAAAGGAGGACAGAGCCCAGACACCCCAGGAAGAUGGAGCCCAGACCCCAAAAGAGGGCAGAGCCCAGACACCCCUAGAAGACGAAGGAGCCCAGACCCCGAGGGGCAGCAGAUCCAACAAGAAGAGAAAGUUCAAAGGCAGGCUCAAGUCAAUUUCCCGGGAGCCCAGCCCAGCACCUGGGCUAAACCUGGAGGGCUCUGGCCUCCUCCCCAGGCCCAUUUUUUCCUGCAGUUUCCCCACACGGAUGCCUGGAGACAAGCGGUCUCCUCGGAUCACGGGACUCUGUCCCUUCGGCCCCCGGGAGAUCCUGGUGGCCGAUGAGCAGAACAGGGCACUGAAGCGCUUCUCCCUCAGUGGUGACUAUAGGGGCACGGUGCCCGUCCCCGAGGGCUGCUCCCCGUGCAGUGUGGCCGCCCUGCAGGGGGCUGUGGCCUUCUCGGCUGGCGCGAGGCUCUACCUCAUCAGCCCCGACGGCGAGGUGCAGUGGCGCCGGGCCCUGAGCCUCUCCCAGGCCAGCCACGCCGUGGCCGCGAUGCCGAGCGGGGACCGGGUGGCCGUCAGCGUGUCGGGCCACGUGGAGGUGUACAACAUGGAAGGCAGCCUGGCCACCCGGUUUAUCCCGGGAGGCAAGGCCAACAGGGGCCUGCGGGCCCUGGUGUUCCUGACCGCCAGCCCCCAGGGCAAUUUUGUGGGGUCCGAUUGGCAGCAGAAUAGCGUGGUGGUCUGUGAUGGGCUGGGUCAGGUGAUCGGGGAGUACCGGGGGCCGGGCCUGCACGGCUGCCAGCCAGGCUCUGUGUCUGUGGAUAAGAAAGGCUACAUCUUUCUGACCCUUCGCGAGGUCAACAAGGUGGUGAUCCUGGAUCCGAAGGGGUCACUGCUUGGCGACUUCCUGACAGCCUAUCAUGGCCUGGAGAAGCCCAGGGUGACCACCAUGGUGGACGGCAGGCACCUGGUUGUGUCCCUCAGUAACGGGACCAUCCACGUCUUUCGGGUCCGCCCUCCUGAUAGUUAAAGGGCUAGGACUGGGGAGGGAC